AUGGCAGACUCGUCAAAUUCCAAUCACCGCCUCGACGAGGAGGAAACCCGCGGUCGUCCGGGCUACUACGACUUUCACGCACCACCGCCUCUGACCCAUGAUAAGCGCACCCUGUCAUACCCGAGCACAAUCGCCUCGUCCACCACAACUGCCUCCUCCGCCUCGUCCACCACCAAGCGCGUAGCCUCCUGGCUCAAGCCCUCGGUCAAACCCGCGCCCAGGGUCAACGUCCACACCACCUGCGGCCGCCAUACCGACCAGCUGCUUUUCGGCGGCCCGUCUCUGACAGACCUGGCUCGCUCUGUUUUCAACAAGAAGAAGGACUAA